AAGCUCUUGAACCUGACCCUUGCACCGGUGAGACACAUGUAGUACAUAAAUACAAGCUCAGAACCAGUACUUCUCAAUCUGUGUUGGGGCGCUCUCAGAUUAUUAAUCUAAAUGUCUUGCAGCAGGAAAACUCCGAAUCUCAAAAUGAUUCCUCUAGUUAUGCUGUUGUCUGGGCUUCUUCUGUACCUUCCUCCUCCAACCAGCCCGGCAUGCUUUCUGGGAAAAGAAGCAGAGUGUAAAGAUGCAAAUUUUGUGCCAGGAUCUGACUUGGCUGGAGAGGGUUUCGACAUAACUAAGAUGAAACGCCUGGGGUCUUUUGUCAUUGACAUGCGUGAGUGGGAGUUCAAGAACAAAACGUGCAACCUGUGUAAAAACCCGUUCAUGCAGAACAAAAAGCAGAAGCUCCCAACGUCUGUGCUUUACUGGAGGGCCACCCAAAACUGCAAAAGAUCAUUAUCCAGCUCUGUUUAUGAGUCCAGCGAGUCUCUGGUCAGUUCCAGCACCUCCUCCAUUGAGAACAACUGGAAAGGCGAUCUGGGAUUAGGCGACAUAUUAAAAAAGAUGUCCCUGAUGUUUGCUGGAACGAACUCGAAGCUAGCUGAGUAUUCAAUGACCAAGACCAAAAAGGACAAGUUCAGCUUCAUCAAGCAGUCUAUAUCCUGCGGAUACUACGGAUACAGCAUUAGCAGCCGUGCUCCUCUACAUCACGAGCUAAGCCAUGAGCUCACAAAUCUUCCAGGGACGUACGACAAGCAAACAAAAGAAAGCUACUUUUCACUUAUUGAACAUUUUGGCACACAUUAUAUUUUCCAGGUGAAACUCGGUGGAACAGUGCAAUCUGUGACCAGCAUCAAACAAUGCAUGGCUACUCUACAGGACUUAAGUGUGGAUGAGAUCAAAACAUGUCUGGAUGUUGAGGCAUCUGCAAGUGUUAAGAGUAUCAGCAUAGACACUGCGGUCCGUCACUGUAAACAGAGCAAAGACAAAAAACUGAACACGCACAGUUUUGCUAACAGUUUUACUGACAGGUUAACUGAAAUCACAGGUGGUCACUCUCAAGACUCAGCGCUUUUCUUCUCAUCCCGCAAUGACCCUGGUGCUUACAAUCAGUGGCUCUCCUCGGUCCCAGAAAAACCAGACGUGAUUUCCUAUUCGCUGAAGCCCCUCCAUAUGCUGCUGCCGGUCAAGAACCCAAAACGUGAGCAGUUACGCCGAGCCACCCGUGACUACAUACUGCAGAGGGCCCUCUGGAAGAACUGCUCUACACCUUGCAAGGCCGGUAUCGCAACUAACCCUAAAGAGCCCUGUGUCUGCAGCUGUCAUAACAACCCUUUACUAAAAUCAAACUGCUGCCCUGCACAGCUCGGACUCGCUCAAAUUAGUGUAACUGUGAUGAAGGCGACAGGUCUGUGGGGAGAUUACAUCACACAGACCGAUGGGUAUGUCAAGGUCUUGAGAAAUCAUAAGGUCUUUUAAGGGGAAACACCAGUGAUUUGGAACCAAAACUCACCAGUCUGGAACUGGAAGUUUGAUCUCGGUGGUUUCAUUCUCUCUCAGUUUGGGGGGCUUAAGCUAGAAGUGUGGGACAGGGACAACAAGUGGGAUGAUAACCUCUUGGGGGCGUGCAACGUACAACUGAAAGCCGGUGUAAAAGAAGACUUCUGUCGACUUAACCAUGGUUUGCUGUACUACAAGACGGCUGUAACUUGCGCUCCGAGUUUAUCUGGCUCCUUUUGCACAGAUUACGUGGGCUCUCCGAUGGCCUCCCAUCUAGAGAAGGUAUACGUGUCCCGACACGCCGGCCCCAUCCCGAAAGAUGAGCUGGUGAAAAUGGGGGUGCUUUUAGAUGAGCGCCGAUUGAUGUUUAGUCAAAAAAGGGAUGCUAAAAGCAAAAUGCAGACCUUGUGAAUGCUUAUCAUCUUAGCACAAUAUAAUAAUAAACAAAAACUAAAAAUAAACAAGUUCUAAAAAUAGAACAUAAAAAAAUGCUUUGCCCAAAUCGUACCAAACCUGUAAGAUCUUUUUCAUUUUGUUAAGGUCCUUGCACACUGAAUCAUCCUUUUCUAAUAAAUUCUUACUGCGGAUGUGAAAAUGCAGGAAAUCGAAUCUGACCAUAAUAUUUUUACGAUGACUGGAAGUAUGAUUUAUUAAAAAAAUGAUAAUAAUUUUGGUGCACAAAAACUUGUAGCUUCGUAACAUUACAAAGGACUAUUUUAACAAUGUCUUUACAUUUCUGGGCCUUGAGCGUGUGAGUUGCAUUUCUGUCUAUCCAGGUUGGGAAAGCUCUUGGAUUUCAUCACAAAACCUUAAGUUGUGUUCUGAAGAUGGACUUAGGGGAUUGGAUGCAACACGAGGGUAAAAAAUGCAUGACAUCCCUAACAUUUUAUUAGUACUAAAUGAGCUUUUGAUUUACUUUUAUCUAUUCAGAUCUUUGACACGAUCUGUGGGUGUUUGUUAUAUUCUCUCAGUAUGCUUUGCGCUUACUUGCAUGCAGAUUAUUGUGGUUAAUAAAACAAUGAUGAAAACAGCAGUUUAAGUGAUUUGUCUAAGUGAUUCAUGUCAUUUUUGGUUGUUAGGUUGGUGAACUGUGAAAAGUGUGUAGGAGGUUUAACACCACAAGAGGAACUAUGUGACUAACAGCAGCACACAAGUUCUGUUUUGACAAGUUUAGUCCUACGGUCUGGCUCAGCAUACAGCAUUUUAACAACACACAGGUCAACGUGUACAUGUAUGCUCACAUGUUCCAUUGACUUGUCAUCUAGACCCUGCUUCACUUCAGAUUAUAUA